GUGACAGCACGUUUUCCUCAAGCAAGCGUGCUAUUAACUGUUAGCCGACGCUGCUGUGAAAUAUAACGUUUUUGUGUCUAGACUUUCUAUGCAGUUCAUCUGAACCCUGUUUGUAACUUUUUUAAUCGAUAAGAUGGAGCCUCAAAUGCUCGUUAACCAAGGACUCAGCGAGAGCGUUGCUCAACGUGUUUCUGAAAUCUUUGCUUUGGGGAUUCUUUCUCCUGAAGAACUCGAUGACAGAGCGUUCGAAGCUCUUCGCGAAUUCAAUCAAGACGGCGCUUUGGAAGUAUUAGAUCAAUUUGCGAACAGUGACUUAUCUCAUGUGCAAAAUAAGAGCGCUUUCCUUUGCGGAGUGAUGAAAACCUACGUCACAAAGUCUUCUACGACAGGCGCUGAUACCUCUAGCAACCAGGGAGCGCCCAGUAAAGCCGACGAAGGGAAGAUAAAAGCUUUAUUAGAGAGAACUGGUUAUACGUUAGAUAUCACCUCGGGACAGAGGAAAUAUGGAGGUCCACCACCUAACUGGGAAGGUCCUGUACCCGGGACAGGUGGUAGUGAAAAAGGCUGCUGUCAAGUUUUUGUUGGGAAGAUCCCACGUGACUGCUUUGAAGAUGAAGUAAUCCCACUCCUCGAAGAAUGUGGUCAGAUUUUUGACUUCCGUCUCAUGAUGGAACCUGAAUCUGGACUUAAUAGAGGCUAUGGUUUCUGUACAUAUGCAACUAAAGCUGGUGCACAGAGUGCAGUCAAGAAACUUGACAAUAAGGAAAUUCGACCUGGCAAGAAGUUAGGAGUCUGCAUUUCAGUGGCAAACAACCGUCUCUUUGUUGGAUCCAUUCCAAAGAGCAAGACCAAGGAAGAAAUUUUGGAGGAAUUUGGAAGAGUCACCUCUGAUUUGACCGAUGUCAUCGUUUACUUGUCUUCAGAGCAAAAAGGCAAAAACAGAGGCUUUGCAUUCUUAGAGUAUGAAAGCCACAAAGCAGCUGCACUGGCAAAGCGACGGCUUCAGAGUGGUAAGGUUUAUGUCUGGGGAAUGGCUGUGGCCAAGGUUGAGUGGGCUGAUCCACAGGAAGAGCCUAAUGAUGAAGUUAUGGCAAAGGUGAAGGUGGUGUAUGUCCGAAACCUGUCACCUGUCAUCACAGAGGAGAAACUACAAGAAGAGUUUGGCCAGUUUGGAACUGUAGAAAGAGUUAAAAAGCUCAAAGAUUAUGCCUUUGUUCACUUCACAGAACGUGAGGAUGCACUGAAUGCGAUAAAUGCACUAGACCAACAGAUGUGGGAUGACAUUUCUAUAAGUGUGUCCCUAGCAAAACCACAACCAGCAAACAGGGACAGUAGGCGAAGAGGAGGCCCUGGAAUGGGGCAAGGUCCUCGUGGAAACCAACUAAGAGGUGGAGCACCCAGAGGGCGAGGUCGUGGCCGAGGGGGAUAUGACCAAGGGUAUGAUAACAGUGGUGGGUAUGGCCAAUAUGGAGGUUAUGAUAGUGGAAGCAAUUAUGACAGCUAUUAUGACGAUGGUAGCUAUGGAGGAGGUGGGUAUGGUGGUGGUUAUGGUGGUGGGUAUGGAAAUGAAGGAUAUGGUGGAGGAGGUUACUACAGCCAAGGUGGCUCAAGAGGUGGGCCGAGGGGGUCACGUUCCCGUGGUGGUCCAGGUGGGCCAAGUAGAGGUGGACCUCGUGGUGGCAGUGGCGGUGGUGGCUUUGGUCGUGGAGGCAGGGGUGGACGUGGUGGUCCUCCUAGAGGAAGGGGUGGCAGAGGUGGAGGUGAUGGUGGCUAUGGUGCGCAGAAGCGUAAGUUUGGUGGUGAUGGUGCUUAUCAAGGCUCAGCUGGUGGCUACUCAGAACCUAAGAGGCAGUACAUUGAUUACAACCAUCAGUAUGGGCAGCAGGACUCCCAACAAGAGUGGGGUGGUGACUACAACUACAGUGACCAGGGCGAUCAACAGUGGUACCAAGACUCCUGGUCGCAGCAGCAGGGAUGUGUUCAGGCUCCUCUCUAUCUUGGACUGUCCUGUACUAAAUACCAAAUUUUAAGUUUAAGCAUGCCGGCAUCGAAGAUUCUUAACGCUGUGACAGUAAUUUUACAAAUCGAACUUGCGAUGGAAUCAACGCAAGAACUAUCAGAAGACGCGCAGACACUUGUGGGCCAAGGGUUGAGCCUUCGAGUGGCUCAGCGAGUCAGUGUGAUCUUUGCUACGGGUGCGUUGCUUCCCGCCGAACUGGAUGACAGAGCUUUAGAUGCUUUACGAGAAUUCAACGAAGAUGGCGCCCUUGAAGUGUUAGAGCAGUUCGGAAACAGCGAUCUGUCUCAUGUGCAAAACAAGAGUGCUUUCCUCUGUGGAGUAAUGAAGACAUAUCGCGAGAAAAACCGACAGAAGGCUCACGGACAAACACCCGGAAACGAAACCUUGAGUGGCCCUGACGAAGAGAAGAUCAAAGCUUUGCUUGACAGCACAGGGUACACUUUGGAUAUCACUACUGGACAACGGAAAUAUGGUGGCCCACCGCCAAAUUGGGAAGGCUCUCCUCCUGGGACAGGCAGCGAGAAAGUUUGCUGCCAAGUGUUUGUUGGCAAGAUCCCCAGAGACUGCUUUGAAGAUGAACUUAUUCCUGUUUUGGAGGAGUGUGGCAAAAUCUAUGACUUUAGACUUAUGAUAGACCCUCUCUCAGGUCAGAACCGAGGCUAUGGCUUUUGUACAUAUUCUUCUAAAGAUGAGGCACAAGAUGCCACCAAGAGGCUUGACAAUAAAGAAAUCAGGCCUGGCAGAAGGCUUGGAGUUUGCCUUUCUGUAGCAAACAACCGUUUGUUUGUGGGCUCUAUACCUAAGAACAAGAAUAAACAGGAGAUCCAGGAAGAGUUCAGUCAAGCUACAACAGGACUGACUGAAGUUAUUGUGUACAUGUCAGCAGAAAACAAGUCCAGAAACAGGGGAUUUGCUUUCCUAGAGUAUGAAUCUCACCAGGCAGCAUCUCUUGCUCGGCGAAGACUCUCUAGUGGGAGAGUGAAAGUGUGGGGUAAUAUUACCCCAACUGUUGACUGGGCAGACCCACAGGAAGAACCUGAUGCAGAUGUCAUGUCCAAGGUUAAAGUUGUUUAUGUCAGAAAUGUGACCCCAAAUGUCACUGAAGAGCAGCUGAAGGAAAAGUUUGAAGAAUUUGGCACAAUUGAGAGAGUUAAGAAACUCAAAGAUUAUGCCUUUAUCCAUUUUGUGGAACGUGAAAAUGCAAUCAGGGCUAUAGAAGCAACAAACGAUUCUACGAUGGAUGGAGUAACACUAGAGGUGUCUCUGGCCAAGCCUCAGCCAGCAAACAAGGACAGGAAGCGUGCGGGGCAGUCUGGAUAUGGUUCCAUGAAUGCUGGUGCUCGAGGAUCCCGUGGAGGUCCACGAGGUGGAGGCCCUCCUGGGCGUGGUCGUGGCCGUGGAGGGUAUGGUGGGGGAUAUGGUGGUGGAGAUGGGUAUGGUGGAUACAGUGAUGGAUACGAAAGAGGUUAUGAAGAUUACUAUGAAGGUGAUGGGUAUGGCUAUGGUUCCAGUGGAGGUUAUGGUGAUAGGAGUUACAGUGACAACUAUUAUGAUGAUUACUAUGGUGGUGGUAGUAGCGGCAGUGGAUAUGGUGGUUAUGGUGGCUAUGAUCGCUACAGUGAGAAUCCAAGAGGUGGUCCUCGUGGGCGCAGUGGCCCACCUUCCCGUGGAGGUCGUGGUGGUUUUCAAGGAAGAGGUGGUGAACGAGGGGGAAGAGGAGGUCCCCGUGGUGGUCCGCCCCGUGGUGGAAGAGGUGGUCCUCCAAGGGGUGGACCCAGAGGUGGAGGAGGUGUCGCCCCUGGUAAAAGGAAGUAUGGUGCUGACGCUCAGGCAACAGUUGAGUACCCCGAGACCAAACGCAGAUACAUGGGUCAGAACCAGUCAGGAGGAGGAUGGGGAAGCCAGCCAAUCGCUCAACAGCCACUGUACAACGAAGGUGGUUAUGGUAACCAAGGAUCAAACCAGGAGUGGUAUAGCGACAGUAGCUGGCAAGGAUGGUAGACCAGCUGGAGAUAUUUUGGCUUACAACUGAUUCUGAUUUGGCAACCUAUUACACGGCCUUUCUUUGUCUGUUUCGGUUUUUAAGUUUGAAAUGAGGGAAAUUCAACAUUCUGUAAAUAGAGCUGUUUGGCUUGUUCUAGACUUGUCUUGUUGAUGAUUCAGUUUGGAAGCAGUUAAACAAUUUGGUCUGUGUGGCACCAAUACCUGAGGCAUUUUAUUUUUACAUGUGAUUGGACACAGCUCUCUUGAAAGAGUUUUUAGAUUCUUUUAGUUCAAUAAAAACUAUGCUGAUUGCUUUUGGAUGUAGCAACUUUUAGGUGAUAUGGAACCACUGUACUGAUUAUUUCUGCUUUUUAGCAUAGUAAAGUUCAUUUCUAUAAGUUUUUUUUAAGUUAAAUGACAGAUUGCUUUUGGAAGUUGAAAUGGCAAUGUCUUUUGCUUAUUGAAUGUUCAUUGUGAUUUGGUCAUCAGAAGGCAACCAUACUGUUUGGGCUUGUAAAGUUGUUUGAUUGAAGUCGUUAUGAAAAGAAUUAAAACUGCUAAUAAAACACAUGAUCUAAAAUGGCCUAGCAGGGAAAGGCUGGCUAAAAUGUAAGUGUCAAGUUAUUGAUUGUGCAGAAAAAAUUCCCAUUGAAUUCACCCAAAGUUGAUAAAACUGAAAAUCCUUUAAAUUUCAAUCUUGAUUGAAAAGCGAGAAUUGUACAUUUCUUGACAUGGGAAGGUGAGUAUUGAGACCUGACAGGUCUCUUUAUUCUAUUUUUGUUUGUUUGUUUGU